AUGGCUGCACACGAAAUGGUUUGCUCUGGUGUCCGAAGAAGGAUUGGAAACGGGGAAACAACUUUAAUCUGGGGCCACCCAUGGUUACCAGAUAAUCCUAGCCCGUUAGUUCAAACAAUUAUGCCUGAGGAACUGCGAGAAGCUAAAGUGGUGAGUUUAAUUGACCAGCAGACACACUCAUGGGAUCCCCUGAGUGAUUUAUUUGAGCCAGAGGAUGUAACCCGUAUUUCUAAAAUUCCAAUUAGCCCGAAUUACGAGGACUCUUGGUACUGGUAUGGUGACCAGAGGGGAAUAUAUUAUGUUAAGAGUGCAUAUAGGCAGAUUGUUGGAGAUUUUGAACAUCAUCAUGGUGCCUUUGAUAAAUGGAUUGCAUUAUGGAAAUUGAGGGUCCCCAAAAUGGAAAACUUUUUUAUGGAGAGCUUUAUGUGA